AAGAGAAGCAUCACCGAUUAAUUUCUUGCACAUCCAAACCUGUUUCCAAGAUUGCAAACAAAAGACGCCCAAAACAGUACCGUCCGCCGUACAAGCGGUAUGUGUACCGAUCGGACUUCACUGCUGCUAAUAGCAGUGAUGAGGAAACAGAUGAUGAAGACGUGCUUAUUCAGCAACAGAGAGAUCAAAACUACAAAGACUUUCUGAGAAAGACCAACAUAAACAUCAGCUCGGUGAUGAAUGAUGAAUUCGAAGAGCAGGAACGACUUAUGAGGUUCCCCAUGGAAAUAGUGGUUCAUAUCCUAAAGGUACUUUACUACCGUGGAAAACUCACGCCCAAAUAUUUAUGUCUCAACAAGAUGUUCUAUAACGUGGUACUACCCAUGAUCUAUGGGUAUCCAACCUUGAAGGCCACGAAUUUUUUCAGUUUUGUGGAGACCGUGAGUUCCAACAAGAAACUAGGAGAACACAUAAAGCAACUUGAUUUAUCUUACGUGAUCCAAUCAGGUAAGAACUCAUUUGUUGCCAAACUUUUGAAAAGAUCCAAGAAAAACCUCGACAUCUUCGUUGCACCUCAGACCAGUUUUGGUUUGGCCCCAUUGGUAGCCCUAAAGAACUGCGAGAACCUCAGGGUCUUGGAUCUUCGACUAGUCAGUGAAACUCUCAACUUAUCAGAGCUUUUCAACUCCAUUCGAAAUCUCGAUAAGCUCACGAGCCUCUCAUUCCCCCGAUCUUCCAUCGAAAUGGAUUCCAAACUAAUGAACCAAAUCCACUGGCCACCCACGCUAUCAUCCUUAAGAAUAUCUGGUGGUAUAAGUGACGAGUUUCUUAUGAAGUCAACGUUGCCCAGCACCAUUACCAACUUGGAGUUUGCUCACUGCCCUCAUAUCAAGGACGAAGGCAUCAAAUCACUACUCUACAAGUUUGGAAAGAACUUGAAGACACUUCGAGUAGAGUAUCCCAUGCCCAAGCUCCGUGAUGAUAGCUUGGAUAUCAUCUGGGACUAUUGUCCCAAUUUGACGGUUCUACUGAUAUAUGUCGACUACAUCUCCGGAUCGUUCUUUGACGACUUCAACUUGAGGUUCUUGGACCACCAAAGGCCGUUGAAGACUCUCUACAUCGAUAGCAGUGGGAUGCUUGGAACCUCCACCAAGCUCAAUCCACUCGACUUGGCAAUUGCAUUAAUCGACAAACGCCUCCCCAUGCUCAAGUUUAUUCGGUGUACGGCCAAACUAGGAUGGGAUCCCAAAUCAGAUCUUCUAUCCACCAUCAUCGAAGAGCUUGAAGAUAGGAACGGUGGGCUCUACCUCGGGUAUUAAAUAAAUAUUUAUAGAUCUGUAUUACUAGGUAUAAUCAUGAAACCUCAAAACCGAA